AUGGCCCCCCGUUGCCUAGGAUUGCUUUGCUUUUGCUUCGCACUUGUGGCCUACCCUACCCUCCCCUACCCAGGGCCGUCCCAGAAGCUAUAUAGUCCAGACCCCGCUUCUCCUUUCCCAUUUCUCACCCACAACCUUUCAAAUCCCUCGAUCUCCUGCAAAAAUCCCGAUCUCCAUCCUCUCCUCGCACAUCUACCUAGUACUCUUUCAGCAGUCCAACGUCCUUUCAUCUGUACUGUACUCUACUUCAACUACAUACCCUCCCCUCCACCAUCAAACAUGUCUGCCAUGAACGAUGUGCGCCAGCAAGUCUACGUCUCCGACGACUUCUCGGAGCCCAUGAGUGCCCAGCACAACUUUGCCAACAACUUUGACCUAAACGACCCAGAGUCUGCCAUGACCGCCUACCAGAAGAUCAUGCAUGAGCACACCAAGCGUCAGCUCACCACCGCAACCGACUCUGCCCGUCGACGGAGCGGCGCCUCGUCAUCAGAUACUUCAGUCUCAACCACCAGCCCAUGA